AUGCACCCAAACUUGGCAUAUCAUGAACAUCCAAGCUGUGUUGAUAUCAUCCGCCGUCUCGAGGAAUGCCAUCAGUCAGGUUUUUUCAAAAAGUAUUUCGGUGGAUGUAAUGGUAUUAAAUUAGAACUUAAUGAAUGUUUAACCGCAGAGUAUCAAAUUAAAAGAUUGAAAAAUGCAGAAGAGGCAAAGAAAAGAAGGCAAAGAGUGGAAGCAAUGUGGAAAGAGAUAGAUGAAAUGAAGAAAAACCUGUGA